AUGGAGGCUGGUGCAAUUUUGCCAAUUGACUACUGGCAAUCUAUAUUCAGUCAUCUUGACCAUGAUGGUUUGGAAGCUGUAUCUUUAGUCUGUAAGGAUUUCUUGAUAAUCUCAAAUAUUUACAAACACAGUUUACAAGUUAUUCACCCUGGAGUCGAUAUGCUUUCUAAACAACUCAAUAGAUUCAAACAACUCAAAAAUAUCAAUCUGAAACCGUUUACAGGUGACUUAGACGAGGUCAUUCUUGAGAUUGCUCGCUCUGACAUUAGUCUUCAAGUUCUUGAUAUUUGCCAUCAGGAUGGACUCAAGGCUGAAAGUCUCAAAGAGUUGGGUUCCAAUUCGAAGAUGAAAAUUUUAAAGGUUUUCAACUGUUUGAUGCGAAACAGUAAUUUGCAGGACAAUGAUCUUGUGGUAAUAGCAAAUUCGUUUCCGAAUUUAGAAGAACUCGAUCUUAGAAUUUUUAACUUCCUGCCGAAUAAUUGUUUGGCUAAUGACAGUUGUUCCCCAUGGUUUCCUACUGAUUUUGGGGUUGAAAUUCUGAGAAACAAUGGGGUGACAGAAAAGGGCAUUGCUUUUCUCCUUCGGAAUAAGCCAAACUUGGAAGCUCUUUCGAUUGGAAAUAUCAAGAUGGAUUCUUCACAGUCUACAAUCACUAUUGAAAAUUCAAUUAGCCAUGCCAAAGCCUUAACUUCUCUUGAGUUUUCCAGGAUGGAUGUUUCUGACAUACUUCUUAUCGCAGUUGCAAAGGCAGAGCUUCGGUUAACCAAAUUUGUGCUCCAUUUUUGCAAGAAAUUUACUGUUACGGGAUUGCUUAUGGUUUUAUCUAACUACCAGCUCACUAAGUUAGGCCUUGUUGAAGGUGAUAUUGCAGAUGUGGAUAUCGAACUUGUUUUAAGCAGAGAUGUAAGCAAACUCACCCACAUAGAAAUCAAACGAUGCCAGGUAACAAGCUCAACAUUGUUCCUACUAUCAACUAGGUGUCCUUCACUAGUAGAAAUCAGAAUGAAGCAAAUAGCCCUGGUUGGACAGAUUAAUGACGGUGGCAUUAAUUUUCCAUUGUUCAAAAACCAUAGUGUACAAAAUCUGUCUGAAACAAUGCAGAAUUAUACUGGCAUUGAAGCCAUUUUGAAAAGUUGCAAGCUUAUUCGAAAACUGAUACUAAGGGAAUACUUGAAAAAAAAGAUCAUUGAGGCAGAUAAUUCAGAGCUUCCAGAAGUGAAUUUGGAGGAUUUAAGUCUAAGUUGGACAGGGAUAGAUGAUAAAGGGCUUGCAGCACUAGCAAAGAGAUGUCCUCGAUUGGUGUCUUUGGAAGCGAGUCAUUGCGACUAUGUGACAACGGAGGGCAUAAAGCAAAUCGUUAAUAACAUCACAACUUUGAAGUACUUAUAUAUGCGUGGCUGUGAUGGUGUAAAAUCUGGUGAUUUGUUGGAAUGGAUGUUAGCUACAGGCAACUUGGCUUCCCUCAAGAAAAUAUAUCUUGGACAAAAUACUUUCACUGAGGAACAGAUGGACCAAUUCUCACACCGUGGUUGUUUGCUUCGCUAA